CCAUUUUAUUGCAAGAUAUUUCGUAGAUUAAACCAUAUUAAUCUAUAAUCUUAAGUCAAAGAAGUUUGCGUCUACAUAGUGUUUGAUUUUGAUGCCUUGUAACGAUAUACGAAGUAUACAUGAAGAUAAUCUACUAUAAGAUAAUCAUUCCUCCACAGAGUAAGGAUAAUUAAAAGGAAGCUUAUAGACGCGUCUUCAGAAUAAAUAUAGUGAAAUAGAUCGUAUCGCAAUAAAUUGUCGUAUAUUAUUGCGGCAUGUAGUCAUAAAUGUUUUAUUUGUCUGUAACAAAGACUCUCUCUCUAGUCUUUACUUAUGUGGGUAUAAUAUUAUUGUUGUCUCUUUGUCAAUGUUCUUAAUUGCGAUUGAAGAUAGCGGAAUAUCUUUCGUCUCUGUAUGACAACGUGUAUAAUAUUCUAAUAGUAUACAUGCAGAAAAGUACUAACUAAGAGAGAAUGCAUGACUGUAAAUUCAUGAUCGGCUAGAUACAUCGGCAAGAGUAACUUCCGAAGCACAAUAGAAGAGAGACAUAUAUCAGUCAGGACCGAAAAGGUACGUGUGUAAUAUAGAGCGUGUGUAAAAUGAGAUAAACAUCCUUUUAUAUUAUUCUUGUAUAUUUAAUAUUAAACGUGCAGCGGCAGCAUCCAUGUAAAUAAAGUGGAUUUAAAAAUCACGAAUAUCUAAGAGAAGUCCAUUCUCUUAGUUUUUAUCAAAAGAAUAAGAACAAGAGUUAUACAUCAAGAAUAUGGAUUUUCAAAGCGUAAAUUCCCUAAACGUUCGCAUAAACGCCCUCUCAGGUAACUUGUUGCCUUUGAAACCGGAUGAUUCGCGAUUCCCCAUAACAUUGAAGAUGUACAGCGUCUUGGUGUGGCUAAUUGAAAUAAUCCAAACGAUUGUAUUAAUUCCUGGGUUGAUUCUGGUGUCACGGGAAAAGGCCCUAAAAGACGGUACAGUUGUCUGUGUGGUCACCGUAGAGGUAUUUUUUAUGGCCGCGCGGAUUCACUCACGCAGGCAGUUGGUGAAUCGAUUAAUCCAGAAAAUAAAUGACAUUCUGCGCUUUGCGGACGAGACUAUGAAGAAUGUUGUGACGGCAACUCUGCAACCAAUGGACAAUCCGCUCAAGUUUUACUGGCUCUCCGGCUGGAUGGGUGUCUUCGUAUGGGCUAUUUUACCGUUCUUGUUAAUUUUCAAGAAAGUUUCCUUCUUUUACGAGGACUAUAGGAUGCCGGCGGCCUUCUCCAAACAACCUUUUUCAUUCAAUGUCUUCCUGCUAGGCAGCAUUCUGAUACUGAUUGGUAACAUGUAUAUAUUUAUAAAAAAAGUUGGAUUGGAUGUUUAUAUGAUACAUCUCGUACUACUGAUAACGGCGCAAUAUCGAUAUAUUGCCACAAGACUCGUGACAAUAUUUCGAGAUGGAAAUCCGCGAAGUGAGUUUAAUGAAUCUCUCCAGAAAUAUUCUUCCAAUAUAAAUCAACGAGUAGAAAAAGAAAUUAUACUAUUAUGUCGACAUCACAACGCUGUCGUUCAUUUAUCAUCUAUGCUAAAGAAAUUGCUGUCUUUAAACUUCAGUAUGAUCUACGUGAACAGUGUCUUACGGUUUUGUUUUAUCGGUAUCAUGUUAAGUACAGUACCAUCAACAACUCUUCCGGAAGCUUUCUCAAUUGUCAUGUUCGCGUGUGGCUCAGUAGUGCAAUUCUACAUGUUAUGUUCCUGCGUCCAACAAUUAUUAGACGCAAGUAAGACAAUGACGAAUGAAGCAUUUCACGAAAAAUGGUAUCAAUUUGGACCAUCUGUGAAACGUAUAUUUAUGUUGAUGAUAUUAGGUAAUAAUUUAGAAUGCAAACUUUCAUCGUGUGAUAAAUUUAAUUUGUCUCUACCUUCCUUUAUGACGAUCUUAAAUCAAUCAUAUUCGAUUGCUCUUCUACUCUUAAGAGUGCAGAACUAAUGAGAACUUAUGAGAACUAAUGAAUAUAUAGAAUUCUUAAAUGUUUAAAUUUUUGAAAUUUUCGAGUAAUAAAAUUGUUUAUAAAAGUUAAGAAUUUCAUGUUAUAAUGCAAAUGUUAUUAUGUUAUAAUGUUAUAAUGUAAUUUGUAAAUUUCACAAAUAUAGCAUAA